AUGGAGAUCGUCGUUGGUGAUCAUACGAUUGCAUCGAAGCGAUCACUGAAACAUCUGGGAGUGAUGAUCGAUGUCCGGAUAAUUUUAAAUGGCCACGUCGAUUUCGUCUGCGAAAAGUCGGCGAAGGCUAUGAGCGCAAUAGCAAGGAUCAUGCCAAACGUUGGCGGUCCAAAUAGUAGCACCAGGCGUCUACUAGCUAGUGUCUCGUCAUCGAUACUGCGGUAUGGGAUCCCCGCUUGGGGUAAUGCGCUGGAAAACAAGCGGAACCGUAGAAGGCUACAGUCGCGAGCGCCUACAGAACGAUCUCGUCGGAGGCAGUAUGCGUUAUCGCCGGGAUGGUCCCUAUCUGCAUCAACCUAG